AUGCAUAUUGUUUUUGUAUUUCGAUAUCAUAUUUUUUUUUACACCAGAUGCAGUAUUCCUUUCUUUACAAAUGAUACAUUCGAAACGCAGGGGAGACGUCACGAGGUAUUUGUUAACAAGACCAUACCGAUGGUUGUUGAAGGGGAUGAUAUGUCCGCAUAUUCACAAUGUGAAAUAUACAAAACUUCUUUAAAUACAUCAUACUCAGCUUUGAAUAUGCCGCCUUCAAAUACAAGUACAGAGCAGUGCAACAAAUGGGUGUACGACAGCAGUGUUUUAAAGGACACCUUUAUUACACAGGCAAAUCUUGUGUGCAAGAGGGUGAUAGCCCGAGCAAACGCCAACAUGAUCUACUUCAGUGGUAAGAUGACAGGUGCUUUAGUUUUAGGGCUUUUGUCCGAUAGGUUCGGUCGGAAGAAAGUAUUGAUUAUUAGUACAUUAAUGCAUGUAGGCGGUGCGUUUGGAUCUGCUUUCGCUACGGAUUACAUCUUUUUCGUUGCCAUGAGGUUUAUCAUUGGAGUUUCAUGUACAGGAAUGUACAGCUCGUCGUUUGUUUUAGGAAUGGAACUUGUGAUUCCAUCAAAGCGAGUUGCGGCUAGCUACAUGCUAGAUAUGGCAUGGUGUGUAGGACUAUACAUCUUGUGUUUUCUUGCCUUCGUCACACGCAGCUGGGACAUGAUCCUUCUAGUCAUGGCUUCACUGACGGUGCUUCUCUUUGUGUGUUUAUGGAUAAUACCAGAAUCGCCAAGAUGGUUGAAGUCAAAAGGUCGGUUUAUCGAGGCCAAUGCUGUUAUUCUGAAAUGGGAAACCAUUAAUGGUAAAAAAGCACUUACUGAUACUUCUUCAAGUAAAAAUACCAAAGAUGACAUUGAACCUGAGAGUGUUCUCAAAAUGUGCACUAUACCUAACUUGUUGAUAAGAACCCUCCUCAUUUACUUGAACUGGUUUGUUAUCAUUAUGGUUAACUUUGGAAUCAGCUUAAAUGUUGGGAAUAUGGAUGGAGAUUUAUUUGUGAAUUUUGCGAUAAUCAGCAGCAUGGAAAUGUUAGCAUACACGUUCUGUUUCCUUUUGCUCAACAAAACAGGCCGAAAACGCCUUCUGGUAGGAACAUUGUUCUUCUGUGGCGGAGCCUGUAUUCUAUCAGUGUUUGUCAUGUUGUUUUUUGACAAAUCGUUAUAUUGGAUCACGUUGGUUUUGUCUUAUAUCGGUAAGUUUGGAAUUACUGCCUCGCAUUCUAUCAUCUAUGUUUGGUCAGCAGAACUAUUUCCGACAAAGGUUCGAAACUCUGGAAUCGGUACGAGCAGUGUAGUUGGCUUUGCAGGAAGCAUGACUUCACCAUAUAUCUCUGACUUGGGAAAGUAUGUACAUGGUUCAUUCGGGGAGGUUUUGCCGCAGGUUAUAUUUGGAGCUUGUUCUGUCAUAGCUGGUAUGACGUCACUUCUUCUCCCGGAAACCAAUGGAAAAGCACUUCCGGAAACUGUGUUUGACGCUGUCCAAUUUGGAAAGAAAAAAGCGGACGACAGGAAUAGCCGGUUAAACUGUUUCUAUACUAAUGAUGCAUUUAACAAAGAUGAGCUGACAGGCGAAGUGUAGUGCUGAACAAACAUCUUAAAACUUAAAAAUUAUAAUUGAGCCGUGUCACGACAAAACCAACAUAAUGGGUUUGCGACCAGCAUGGAUCCAGACCAGCCUGCGCAUCCGCGCAGUCUGAUCAGGAUCCAUGCUGUUCACUUACAAACCCUAUAACAAGUAAAGAAACUGAUAGCGAACAGCAUGGAUCCUGAUCAGACUGCGUGGAUGCGCAGGCUGGUCUGGAUCCAUGCUGGUCGCAAACCCAUUAUGUUGGUUUUGUCGUGACACGGCUCAUAUUUUAUCAUGAUGCGUGCGUGUCGCGCUUAUAUGUUUACUUUCUGAUUUGAAUUUGGCGUUUAGAACACUUUCUUGGAGCGUCCAAUAAAAACAUUAAAGACACGUGACAAUUGUAUUACUAACGUGAGUCUUUUGGAACCGUGAAGCAUUACAUUAAAAAACAGGACAUUUAUUUAAAUACAACUUAAAGACUGGCUUAAAUGUUGGAGGCUAGAUAGACUAGCUACUGCGCACGUCCCAAGCACUGACACAACGAUUAGAUGCAAUAUAUUAUAAAUAAUCUUGUCAUGGUGUAAAUAGGCUAAUGUAUGUACACAAUCUAAUUAAAAUCAGCCAUAAAUAACGUUCCGCUUUUAGAUGUAACCGUGACCACAUACGAAAUCAUUUCUGGUGACCUUUCAUACAGCCAAUCAUCGGCGAGCUUUCAU